GUCCGGUUUAGACCACGUCCACGUUUCCAGGUGCUUUCCAGGCAUUUUUCUUUCCGACAAAUUGCUUCUCUAAAAUCACUAAUCGUGUUAAACACAGGUUAACAUCAGCCUGGUGCAGAUGGUGCUGCUCCAAAACAGUCCGCGCCUCCGGCAGCCGGCAGCGUGUGUCGGAUGACGUCAGCUAGAAGGCGGAGCUCCGGUCGGUGACACGUCACUAAACAAGCGGAGACGUCGUCUUGUCCUCGAAGCGUUCAGAAAAGAGGCUUUGUAUCGAGCCGCUUUCUCUCCUCCGAGAGCAGUUCGCUGUCCGUGUCAGUAUCGGACGAUAGAAAGACAGGCCAGGCUGCGGUUCAUCAGCAAUGCGGAUUGCGACGCUUAUCUCUCUGGCGAGGCCGAUCGGCCCGGUGGUGGUAGGCAUCUCUCUGGGCUUCACUCUCAGUCUGCUCAGCGUCACAUGGGUGGAUGAGAGCUGCGGUUACGGAGCCGUCGGUGUGACUGAGGAGGCACCGGUGGCUCCGCCAGGAGGGGCGAAGGGCGCGCGCAAGCCGAGCUCGAUAGCAACGGGCAACGCCGAGGAGGAUGACUUUCAGCCAAAGAUUGUGCCAUACAACAAGCCCAACCAACAAGGUCCACCGAAGAAAGUUUUCAGAGCUAAAUAUGUCAGCACGGAGCUGGGCAUUCAUGAGCGUCUCUUCGUAGCAGUCAUGACCUCCAAAACCAACUUGAACACAUUAGCUGUGGCAGUGAACAGGACCCUUAAUCACCAUCUGGAUGGCCGCCUUAUCUUUUUCACCAGCUCUCACAAUCGCAAAGUCCCUCAUGGGAUGUUUGUGGUGGCCCACGGUCAUGAGCAUCCUGUGCCCAACAUGGUACAAACAGUGCAGUAUCUCCUGGAGCACCAUGUAGCAGAUUAUGACUGGUUCUACAUACUUCAAGAUGACACUUACAUCCAGCCGGACAGACUAAAGAUGCUGGUGGGCCACUUGAGCAUGGACCUCCAGUUGUACAUGGGCCACCCAGGGGAGUUCAUUGGAGGUGAAGCCCAGGGAAGGUACUGUCAUGGAGGCUCAGGUUUCCUCCUGUCCAGGGCCUUAUUGCUGAAGCUUAAGCCCUUCUUAGAGCAUUGCCGGACUGACAUCGUUAGUGUCCGGCCUGACGAGUGGCUGGGGCGCUGCAUUGUUGAUUAUGCUGGCGUUAGUUGUGUGAAGGAGCAUGAGGGUCUUCAUUAUAAUUAUUUUGAGAUGAAAAACAACAUGGACCUGAGUGGAGAUGAAAGCCCAGAAUUCCAGGAGGCGCUCUCGGUUCACCCAGUGAGCAGCCCAGAGCAGAUGUAUCACCUACACAGAUACUUCACAGAGAGAGAGCUACAGAAAACCUAUGAAGAGAUCAAGAAACUUCAGGCAGAGAUAAAGAACAUCAGCCACUUGGCUGUGGAUGGCAACCGGAGCACAGCAUGGCCUGUAGGGGUCCCGCCUCCCUUCGAGCCCAAAAGUCGGUUUGAGGUGCUGCGCUGGGAUUAUUUCACUGAAGAGCAGCUGUUCUCCUGUGCUGAUGGCUCGCCCAAGUGCCAGCUAACCGGUGCUGAUCGCACAGACGUGGAUGACGUGAUUAAGGUUGCUGUGGCUGAGCUGAAUAAGAAAUACUCACCUGUGCUGCAACUGAGCGCCCCACAGUUAGUUAAUGGAUACCGUCGCUUUGAUCCAACCCGCGGCAUGGAAUACACACUUGACCUUCAGCUCUGGGCUGAGACCGAAUCAGGCUCGGGGCAACUGGUGUCACGACGCGUCCAUUUGCUCCGCCCGCUAAGCCGGGUUGAGAUUAUUCCUAUGCCGUAUGUGACCGAGGCCACACGAGUUCAUAUUUUACUUCCACUAACUAGUGCAGACCGCAGUACAGCAGUCCAGUUUCUGGAUCACUGUGCUUCAAGUUUGUUUGAGCCAGCUGAGAAUGCAAUACUCAGCUUCCUCUUCCUCUACGAGCCUGCAGAGGCACAGAAAGUGGGCACUGAUGAUGUUUUUGCAGAGGUCAAGGCUAAAGUGGCUGCAAUGGAACGGCGCUUUCCUAAUGUCAAAGUGCCAUGGAUCAGUGUAAAGACUGAGAACCCGGGUCUUCUGCGUGUACUGGAUGUGGUAUCGAGAAAGCAUCCGGCAGACACUUUGCUUUUGCUAGCUACUGCUGAUACGGCCCUGAACUCUGAAUUCUUGAAUCGUUGCCGCAUGAACGCUAUAAGCGGCUGGCAAGUUUUCUUCCCCAUCCAUUUUCAAGCCUUCAACCCAACAGUGGCGUAUCCUGAUCAGGCCCUGCCCACGGCUUCAGAUUUAGUACGUGAAGCAGGCCACUUUGAUCGCUUUUCUUUUGAAGAGGCAUGCUUUUACAACGGUGACUACAUGUCUGCUCGGGCACACAUGGAAGCAGACACACAUGAGGAUGAGGAGCUGCUGGAGAGCCUGGAUACCUAUGACGUGUUUGUGCGCUAUUCAGGCCUGCAUGUGUUCCGUGCCGUUGAGCCUGCGCUUCGUCAGGAGUACCGAAAUCACACAUGCGAUGCGCGGUUGAGCGAGGACACCUUCCACCGUUGCCUCCAGAGCAAACGUGAAAGCAUCGGCUCCCGAUCCCAGCUCGCCAUGCUCAUGUUUGAACAAGAACAAGGCAACAGCACCUGAGCUCUUUUAUGAGUCUCGUUGCAGGAAUCAGAGACUGGCGACCGGCUAGCAUGUUCUGUCCUGCGAGGUUUCGACACAUCAUUCAAAAGAACAUGCAAACAACGAGGUGCUACAGUAAGCAUCCUCUAAAUAAGCCACCACUCCAAAACCCAGCAAUGGGCAGAAUAAAAUGCUGCAUUUCAAGGAACCUUUUUCAGAGUAUGUGAAAAUCUUCUGGAGGUUCUGAACUGAAGAACGUCUCUGUGGUGGCCCUGAUAGAAGCAAUAAGUGUUGCGGAGGAAACUGUUACGGCUAUUUUUGUUUACAACGAAACUAGAGACCUCAGAAUGGGUGGAAACCAUCCAGUUCCAAGCAUCUCCAAAAAUGCCUGUGUGUGUUUGAAAUGUAUUUUUGUCUCUCAUUCAUUUUCAUGCUUGCUAUGUUUGUCGGGGCCAAGGGCCAGCUCUGCCUUUCAUUAUAGUACAGUGUAUUUCAUGACUUGUAAAGAAUCUGGAAAAAGUGUGAGUGCUGUACUGUGGUGUUGCAUUUGCCCAAGUUCUAACACUUGAGGAUAUAAGCAACACAAAUGCAGUGUGUGCGUGUUUUUGUGCGCGCCUGUGUGUGCGUGCCUCUGUGGCUGUUUGUGUGAGAGCGUGUGUGUGUGUGUGUGUGUGUGUGUGUGUGUGCGUGCCUGACAUUGCCCUCUGUGGUACCAAUAACUUGUUGAAUGAGAUUACCAUAAUUAUUAUUUAUAAUAUGCAGUGUAGUAUAUAUUUGAAUACCUUUAUAUUAAUAUAUAUAGCAUGUAGCUGCUCUAGCUGUUAAGGAAGGGUGGACCUGCUGAUGCACACUGAACGUUCUGGGGUUGCCGACUGACUUGAAUAAUGACAAAUAAUUUCAAAAUAUGAGACCAAAUGUUUGUACAAUACAGAUUUACAAACAUUAAAAAUGCUGCAAUGGCAGAAUAAAGCUAAAUCUCAUGUAAAUAAUAUGGCACAUUCCUGUCAGGAGGUUAUAGGCUGUUGAUGCAGAUGGCAAUUUUCCAAAUCCAAACCUUUUACGUCUCUCAUUAGACCAUGUUUAUCAGUGAACACACUGUAAGCUGUCUACAGAAACUGGAAUUAAAGAGCUGUUUAGUUGGUACUUCAUUUAUUUUUAAACUGUUUGUGAAAAGUGUGUAAUGGUGUCCGUAAUGGAAUGAAAGAAAAAUCUAAGUUUUAAUCCAGUAUAUAAUGAUUUCAAAUGUAAACAAAAAACCAAAAGGCUGCUUAAAAAUCCUUAAAUUACACACUUUUUUUUUUCUCUUACUCUUCACUGUGAGCACCGGCAUGUUGAAAUGGCAUCACAGGAUCACAACUCGGAAAGAACAUAGAGUAGGGAUUAUUAAUCAGAGUACUGUACUGGGGAAACCUUUCCUACUGGGAACUUCCAAGUUCCCUUUUGGUCAUGAACGCAUUUUCACCCUCUAACUCGGAGAAACCAAUGAAGAUGCCCAACAACUUCGAGUAAUUUGGGAAGGUGUCCUGAGUUUAUAUUCUUGCUCACAUUUGCUGGUCAUCUACUUACUAAAUGAUUUUAUAGAAGGAUGUACUUUAGGUCACUGUACAAGAACACGAGUGGAUUUACUGUUUAUCAUAACAAUAAACUGUACGCCCAACAUUUAAGUUCAUACACCAUGGUUAAGUCUUGGUUACUAUUUUUAGCUGUCUUUUUCCACCGAGCUCAAAAUUUGCAAGUUAAAACUUCCCACUACCCACUUUGUACUUCCUAUCAUGCAGAAUUUGUUCACAUAAUCAUUGUUUUUGUUUCUGUAAUGUAACAAAGAACAGAUUUUUUUUUUAGGAGAGACUUAAAAUUUUACAUCAAAUAACUUUACUCAUCUUCAGUCACUGUACUCUGUAGAAAAAUGGGGACACUGGCAUUUAUUGAUAUUUGAGGACUCGGUACAAGCAAACCUAGAAGGUAUGUAUUGUAACUGAGCAGUGUUCCCAACAAUAUGUGAUGAAGUGUGUGAACGAAGACGAUAAUGUGAACAAAGAAGAACAAACCUAUCUAGUGGUUAAGGCAUUGUGAAGCUGCACCAGCUGGGCUUUUGAGCAAGGCCCUUAAAGCCUUCUGUGUUGAAUCAUAGCUUCUCCUGCACCUCCAAAGCUGGAAGAUGUGAAGAAAAGUCUGUCACUGUGCUGUAAUGUAUGUAUGGCAAUAAUAAAGGCUUCUUCUUCUUUUA